UCUUCGUGCCUACUCAGCACCAGCGGCAAACCCUCUCUCUCUCUCUCUCUCUCUCAAUAUGUAUAUAUACACACACACACACACACACACACACAUGUUUGAGUAUAUUAAUGGGUUUGUGGAGGCGGCUGGUGGUGGGCUAGAAAAGCAGGUGAGCUGUUUCCGUGUUGCAUAAGCCUGGGAUCCCAACUUCCGAAACCCUUGUAGCGGGAGACGGCGAUGGCGUCUCCGAUGUCGAAUUCCCGCGGGGGUUUCGCUGCCGGCGGAAAGGAAGGACUGGGUUUUCACGUUUCCGGCAAGGAGAAGAUCAUUAUAGAUACGGAUCCUGGUGUUGAUGAUAGCAUGGCAAUCUUCUUGGCUUUUCAAAGUCCACAGUUGGAGAUCUUGGGCUUAACCACAGUAUUUGGUAAUACUGCUACAGAGGAUGCCACUCGCAAUGCGCUGCUUCUGUGUGAGAUUGCAGGAUGUCCCGGUCUUCCCGUUGCAGAAGGUAGCUCUGAGCCUCUAAAGGGGGGAAAACCACGUGUUGCAGACUUCGUUCAUGGUUCAGAUGGAUUAGGGAACAUAUUUUUACCACCUCCAAAAUCCAAGAAAAUUGAGAAUACAGCAUCAGAAUUUUUAGUAGAUAUGGUUUCUCAACAUCCUGGUGAAGUAUCUAUACUAGCACUAGGACCAUUGACAAAUUUGGCUUUGGCAGUGAAAAGGGAUUCAACCUUUGCAAGCAAGGUGAAAAGAGUGGUCAUCCUUGGCGGAUCUUUCUUUGCACUAGGAAAUGUCAAUCCUGCUGCUGAAGCAAAUAUCUAUGGGGACCCAGAAGCAGCUGAUGUUGUAUUUACAUGCGGGGCAAAUAUUUCUGUUGUUGGCAUUAACAUUACAACACAAGUCAAAAUGACAGAUGAUGACCUUGAGAAAUUGAGGCUUUCUAAAGGAAGACACGCUCAGAUUAUAAGCAAUAUGUGUAAAUUCUAUAGAGAUUGGCAUGUGGCAUCUGAUGGAGUGUAUGGGAUUUUCCUUCAUGACCCGGUCAGCUUUGUGGCCCUAGUUCGGCCAGAUCUAUUUACAUUCAAGAAAGGGGUUGUCCGUGUUGAGACACAGGGCUUGUGUGUGGGCCACACACUGAUGGACCAAGGACUGAAAAAAUGGAAUUCAAGCAAUCCAUGGACUGGUCACUCCCCUGUUUCAGUUGCUUGGACGGUCAAUGUGGAUGAAGUUAGGGAUUACAUUUUGGAAUUGUUGAUGAAACCAUGAAUGCCUUGCAAAUUGCGGUGUCUGCUGCACGAAGAUAUUUCUUGAAAUGCUCUUUAGUUCUUUUCUAGGCCAAGUGAAAUCCCAAAGUGCAACAGCAGAGACCCAAAAUUAGGUGGCCACCCAUUGCUCAAAAUUUGCUGUACUUCAAGAAAUAUGUAAGCUCAUUACCUGAGUGACAGCAAUCCUAUCCUGUUAAAAAUUUCAAUUUCAUGA